AUGGAUAUGAACCACUUGAUAGGUCAGCGCUUCAACCUGAUCUCCAAGAGCGAGAUUCGCUAUGUCGGCACACUCCAUGAGAUCAACCCCGAAGCCUCGACGAUAGCUUUGGAGAACGUUCAGUCCUUUGGUACCGAGGGCCGCCGCAAGAACCCAGCGGAGGAGGUCCCUCCCUCUUCGACCGUUUACGAAUACAUUGUCUUCCGUGGUAGCGAUGUGAGCGACAUCAGCAUCGCCGACGAGGAGCCCAAGGAGACUGCACAGCCGGAGCCCCCUCGGGUUCCCGAUGACCCUGCUAUUCUUGGCGUAAGUUCCCGCAAUUCACUCCUCCGUUCUUCGAUUCUUCCCGCCUCUACACACGACAUCCAUCAGACUGCCCGCACCAUCGCGAAUGUGUCGCGAUCGGGUCCUAUGCCAAACCCUCCUCCCAUGGGAGCUUCCGCCCCAGGUCUUCCUUCUCAGCCACCCUCUCAACCCCCACAGGGAGCUCAGCAGACGCCUCCUGGAUACCCCCCACAACAGCCAUUCCAGCAGCAAGGAUUUUACCCGCCCUACGGACAACAACGCUUCAAUGGUCCCCCACCUCCGUUCCCCCCAGGCCCCGGAGGUCCUGGUGGCUUCCCGGGCAACAUGCCUUAUGGUGCCCCUCCUCCCGGCUGGUUCCCUCCUCCCGGCCAUGGCUUCCCUCCCGGCGGACCUGGUCAGUUCCCUCCCCAGAUGCCCCUUGGUGCUCCUGGACAGCCACCCCAGCAGCGCCAGGGCCCUCCCGGUGCGCCCACCCCUCAGACCACCUCCGAGCUGCCCGGUGGAGAUCAGAAGCCCACCAGCCGCAAUGCAACUCCUGCCGCCCAGAAUGCGCCUACUCCGCCCGUUGAGUCCAAGCCCCCUGUAGCCGAGGCCGUGCAUGGAUCUGGACCCGCCGCUGCUGCUCAGAAGUCUGGCCGCGUCAUGCCAGCUAUCCCAAUGGCUGCGCCCCGACCUGUCGCUCCCGCCCACAGUGCCGCUCCUAUCGACGCCACCGCCGCGGCGACUCAGGCCGUUGCGGCCGCGAUGGCCAAGCUGCCUCAGCCCGGUGCUCAGAAGAAGCCCGGUCAGGACGCCUCCGUUGACGCUCUUGCUCGCAAGAUGAACGAUAUGCAACCCUACAAUGGCCCUCGUGCUCCUCGCGGUGGUCAUCAUCAACACCAGCAGCAUCAGCAGCACCCUCGUGGUGGCCGCGGUGGUGUUCGCGCCCCACACAAGAAGAUCGAAGUCCCCGAGUCCGACUAUGACUUUGCAACUGCCAACGCCAAGUUCAAUAAGCAGGAUCUGAUCAAGGAGGCUAUUGCCACCGGAUCCCCCGCUGCUGAUGCCGAAUCUCACGACGUUGCCCACCAGCCCGAGAUCGAUGCCAAUGGCUCCGCGCCCGCAACUUCUCAUAACCUCUACAAUCGCUCUACAUCAUUCUUUGAUAACAUCUCCAGCGAGGCUCGUGAUCGCGAGGAGAAUUCUGCUCGCGUUGGCGGCCGCGAAUGGCGUGGUGAGGAAGAGAAGCGCAACAUUGAAACCUUCGGACAGGGUAGCGUUGACGGCUACCGCGGACGUGGACGUGGUUAUGGCCGUGGUGGCCGGGGUGGUCGCGGCUAUGGAGGUCGCGGUCGCGGGUUCAACAACAAUCGUGGCUUUGGUGGCCGCGGUGGUUCUCGCGGCGGUCGUCCUCCCUCGCAAUCUACCGGUGUGCCCUCCGAGGUCUAA